CAUUCCCCUACCCACCAAGAACAUCGACCACGACUACACCAUACAUUGGUCAAGGGUUACACAGUGAACAUCACGUACUACACAGUAUGCAGUUAAACUUCACCCAUGUUCAAAUAUAUGACAAUAAUUGUUGAAUGUAUAGUUACAAGUUUGGAAGGAAGGCAAAUAGUAACCAGUCAGCAGCCCCACCCCUGUGUAUGUAGCUAAGGGCUCAAGAUGCAACAUGGUGACGACUGUGCAUCAUAACAACGGAUUUUGAAAAUUGAAGUGUCACUUAAAGUGUCAUCCGAGGAUUGCACAUGUAUAGUGGACUGCUUGAUGGAGUACACAGCCAGGGGAUACUACAGUAGCAUGGGCAGCAACCAAACUAGUGUGGAGAAGACCAACAUCACCAAUGAAGCCGAGGCUAGAGGCAAGAAAGCUGUCAAGGAUGAAGUGAACAAGAGAACAGGUCAGACGAACAAAAGCUCCCAAGCAGCUGGGAAAGAAAACACAACCAAUCAGAAAGGUCAAACAGGGAAAGGAAGUACCUCAAACAAUGCACAAGCAUCUGGCAGAGGCAACCAGAAGAACCAGGUUGGAAAGGAAACAACUAAUGGGUCCACAGCUCAAGCACCUGGGAAGCGAACAGCUAAAGGUACUGCACCACAGGCAACUGGGAAGGGAGGAACAGCUAAUCAAAAGGGUCAAACAGGAAAGGGACCGACUGGUACUUCACAGAAGUCAGGCAAAGGUACUACAGCUAAUCAGAAAGAGCAUUUUAGAGAGGAGGAAACACAGGCUAAAAAGGGAAAUGUCAUCAACCAAUCAACACCCCGAAAUGGCGCUUCCAAUGAUUCCAAUCCAAAAGGACAGACAGGAAAAGCAACCAAUGCACAGUAUGGCAAAGGCGGCUCAAAAACACCCAGAAAUGCCCCUGGUAAGGCCAAUAAUAACAAAAGUGGUAAUAGAUAUGAAACAAAGGUUGAUGAAAUUCUCGAUGAUUUACCUUAUGGACAAGACAAGAAAAAGCAGAUGAGCCCAAACAGUAAGUCUGGACCCCAACCAGGUAGAAGCGACAGUCCAUUAUUUGAUAGAUUCAAUAAGGAUGCUAGAGACCAGAAGGGGAGGUUUCCUGAUAUCAAUGAAAACAAUUACGUCAGUUCAAGAGAUAUGAAAGAGAAGCAUGAUAAGAACAGAAGCCCCAGUCCUAAUUCCUUGAACCAGAAUACAAGACUAACCUCGAAUGAUGAUAGGAAAGGAAGGGAUGACAGUCCCAGAAGAGGAUCAAAUGCUAGUCUUCGUAGGGAUUAUAGUCCAGACCGACAAGAUGACUACAGGAACGAUGGACGAGAUGACAACAGAAAAGAAAAUGGACAAUAUGAAUACAGAAGAGAUGGCAGUCCAGGCAGGGAAAGUCCAACUUUUGACCAAUACAAGGACAAAAUCGAAACUAAGACACGUGGAAGACGAGAAAUGCUUGCAAGAUCUUCAGAGAGGAUGAACAUGUAUGAUGAUGAUGAUGAUGAAGAUGACACUAAUGAUGACAAGUCUUCUCAAACAUCAAGGGUGCAACGAGAGAAAAUUGAAACUCAUCUGAGAUCUAGUAGAGUUCCCGAGACAAAAGUGAGAGGCCUUGCAUUACGUCUUUCGCAAGUAUAUUCUGGACAAACAGAUCAGACUCCCCGUACAUUUGAAGGACAGAAAACUGAAAGACUACUACGAAAAAUCAUUCAUAAUGGCCUUGAUCCGAUUGUGAAUGGGUCAAAGGGUAAGACAAAUCUGGACCGGUUUGAGAACGAUCCUGAGGGCUUGGCUCAGAAGGUGUCGGAGAUGGUACAUCAAGUGGAGAUGGACCUUCAGGACUGCAAGACUGGACUCAACAUUGUAGAGGACAAUGAGGAUGAGGAAGAGGAGGAAAGGGGCAGGAGAACAUCAAGAGAUGCGAGUCCUCAUAAAAAGGGCAAAGGAAAAGGUGGAAAUCAAACAAGUCGAGGGAAGAAUGGCCCUGGCAAUAAGACAAACCGAGAAGGUCAGAAGACAAAGAAGGAAUCUGGACGAGAGAUUCGUCAAAAGCCUGGGCAACCAGCUGCUCUAGUGAUCCAGGACGGGAUACGAGAGCUGCAGACUCAGCAUGAUAUCCUCCAGGGUAAAUAUGAGCAUCUGCUGAAUGAGAGGAACAUGCUACAAUCAGAUGACAACGAGAACAAGGAAAUGGUGGGGACAUUCUUCCAGGAAAACAGGAAGCUGGAGCAGGACCUGAAGAAGGUGGAGCAGGAGUCAGGAUACCUCAACCAGACUCUAGGCAAGGUGAAGUCUGAGGAGCAGAAACUACGCACAACACUGAAGACAGUUGAUGAAGAGAGGACUUUGCUCAGGUCGGAGAACAAGGAGGUUGUUGGAACACUGAAGGGAUUGACUCGGGAACUCAACAAACUUCAAGACGAAAAUGUUCAGUUGAUGUCAGAGAACACCUCAAUGCGUAGUGAUGUCCGACGCCUGCAGGAGCCAGACAAGAAGAUGGUCGGCCAGAUACAGCAGCUGACGCAGGAGGCAAAGGAGUUGAAGACCCAGACACGGCGUCUGGAGGGGGAGAAGGGGGCCUUGAGGGCCAGUCUACAGAGGAUGGAGGCCACGCUGGACACUGUCCAGACUGAGAAGAAGGAACUGAUGCAUCACAGGGACACAGUACUCCGUGAGAAGAAGAAGCUGGAGGCCAUGAGCAAGAAGUUCUUCAACUCAGGCUCAUUGUUUGACUAGGGAUGGGUGCCAGGCAAGACUGAUGGUUCAGACGUCGGCUCAUGACACAGGCCAUUAACUAGUAGCUGGGAUACAAUGAGUGCAGCCAUACAUGGUGGCCCCUGUUGUGGUGUAGCAAGAACAAUGCAUAAAUCAGUCUAAAAUAUUAUCCAUUCACUCACUGUUUAAUUAGACUGGCUGUACUUAUUAAACAACAAUAAUACAGUUAAGGAAGAAAAAAGAAUUGGUUCUCAGGCAAUGUUUUCCUAAACAAGUGGCCUCCUCAGUGCCUAAGCUGCAUGAAAGAGUAGGGGGUCCGUAGAUACAGAUCCAGACACUGUUGUAACAAGCCUCAAGGACCUCAGGGCCCUAGGAUCCCCUGUAAUUUCAGACACUGCCUAUUUACUAUGUGAAUAAUUGUGCAAAGACAGAAGGUUUUUUCCUGUUUCUGUAUCUUGUUUUAGUAUGGAAGGUGGGAGGAGAGCACUAUGCUGGCCAGUAGCGGCCCUGGAGGGAGGACGCAAAGCCCUCCAUUGGCCUAGCAUGCAGGAGAUUUGGGUGUAGGCAAUGCCAGUCCACGAUUGUUCUCACAAACCAUGAGUGAUUAUAUAGACUUGUGGUAGCCUGCUGCAUUGGUUAUAUCCUCUUGAGUGUUUACAGUAUACGUGUAUAUCCCUCAGCAGGAUUACUUGAUGUGAAAACCAGCAAACUUUGUGGCCUUUACAAGUCGUAGAGGUCACUACGCUGGGAUGUAGUUCUGUGGCUGGAUGGCAGCCACCAACCCUUCUCCCACUUUGUAUAAAAGGAGUCUUUGACAUCUUUGUCGAUUUCGUAGUCUCCAGUAAUGAAUCUGGCUGCUUACCGCUGUACUUUUUCGAGUUUCUCUAUGUCCUUAUGGGUACAGGGAUCCCACACAGUCACUCCAUAUUACAUGAUUGAUCUAAUCACUAACGAAAUAUACAUGUAUAUACAUUUCGUCACAUUUAAAACAUAUACCUCCAGCUUUGAACCCAUUGCUCUAAACUUACCAGGUCUUUGUACAAUCUCUGAUGGUCCUUUAGGGAUCUAAUAGAUCGGUAGAGCACACAAAAAAGGCUUAAUACCUGAGAACCAAAAAUAUGUUUUUUAACCUUAGGGUGACUGCACAUUCAGACUAACUGUACAUUUUCAAGUACAUUGAUGAAGAAACAAACUUAACUCAUUACAAAUACAGUAAAUCUUGAAAUUAACGCAAGCGUGAAUUAAAUGCAAUAAAUGUCAGUGGUCUUUGCUCGCAUUACUGAACUUCGCAUUU